CACUUCCUUGGACACGUUUCUAGCAGAGUGUGAUUAUGUCACAAGCAGCCAAGAUCCAGAUCAAAGUACAGAGGCGGAGGAGGUGAGGUCUGUGCUGCUGCCACAGCUUCUUCUGCAGCUUCCUGGCACUGGGCUGUUCACACUGCAGUGAUAAUAUUCUGCCUGCAGGGGGAGGCGCUGAGCAGGAGAAGACCAAGAAGUCUCAGGCUCAGGAUGGACUAUAAGAAGAUAGCCGAUGAUGUCUCCCAGACGAUUCGAUCGUACAGCCAGGAUACGUCUGGAUGGAAAGUGGCCAAAUCUACAAAAAAUAUCACUAUUUCAUGGAAACCAUCCAACGAAUAUCCAGGAAAUAUAUAUCGUGGAGAAGGAAUAAUUGAAGGCGUCCCGGAAAAAGUUAUUCCUUUUAUGUAUCUUGCUAAAUACAGAUCGAAGUGGGACUCCGCCCUGAAAUCCUAUUCCAUUGUUGAAGAGGUUGAUGAGGACACUUUCAUCUGUCACUGCAUCACGCACAGUCAUGGGAUGGGGCUAAUCUCACCGAGAGAAUUUGUGGACUUGAUUCACAUCAGGCGGUAUGAUGGUGGAGUAGUCACCACUAAUUCAAUCAGUGUGGAGUACGACAAGUGCCCUGUAAGCAGCUCCCCUGUCCGUGGCUUCAAUAACCCAUGCGGAUACGUCUGUUCACCUUUACCUGAGAACCCGGCACAUUCCAGGCUGGAGGUGUUUAUUCAGCCGAAUCUGGGAGGUUUACUGCCGCGCUCCGUGGUGGAAACGGCUUUACCCAGCAAUGUCGUCGGCCUCAUCAAUGACGCUCGAGAAGGAAUAAAAACACUUUUACAAGGAUGACGAGAAUUAUAGGAUUAAUAAAAAAUUGCUUCUAUUUUUAAACACCUAAUAAUAUGGUUUACCUUGAUCCCCGAGAUACUUUGGGGCGACGAUUAGUUCAGCAUGAAAUUACAAAAGGAAAUUAAUAAAAAGCCCCUUUCGUGUGCAUUAAUAAUCUGAAAACCCUUUUAAAAAAUCCUAUUUCUAUCCUGAGAUAUGAUUGCUUAAAGUUACAGAUCCAAGGCCUGAGGCUGCACCACUGAGAUAUCACUGGCAACUUGUUUUCUUCUGGUUCGCUGUUGUCAUGGAGACCUUGUCUUGGAGAGCUAGCUAGCACUUAGAUGUUGAUGCAUCUGGUGAUCUGAAGCCACACAAGGGCUCCGUGACAACCAAAUGGUUGUCAUCAGAAUCUCUCAGUGGUGCAGCCUACAGCUUUGGUCGUGUAAAUUCAAUCGAUCAUAUCUCAGGAUAGGACUAAGAUAUUAAGGAAUGGUUUUCACAUCUAUAUUGUACACUAGGGUGACAGACCUCUUUAACCCUUUCAGUAC